AUGGGCCUAAAACGAAUUUUUACCUUCAGGAGAUUCAAUAAAGCCAGAGCGGCAUCACCCACCUAUCAAUUUGACCUCCUAUUUCGCAUUACGGCCGAGGAUACCGAAAAAUUUUCAAUGGAAGAAUAUGAGAAAACAUGCAAUAAAAUUGCCAACACAUUGGUCAUAGUGAAAGUUCUCGACUCAAAGGCAGUCAUAGGUGGAUUCGCGCCUAACGGAUUGAACCAGGAGUCACUAACACUUCACACCCCGACAACCGAUCAAAGUUUCUUGUUUAAUUUCCAAAAUGGCGAACCAAAAACGGAAAGCUCGAUAAUUAGCCGGGCGCGAAAAGUGAGAAGCACGAGUGACGAAUACAUACCUUACCUCUGGCUCGGACCAAGGUUUGGAGUUAAAGAUAUGGUGAUCGAUCUGAAAAAGAUGAAAUGCACAUGCCAACCUCAAUAUUAUGAUCAAGGGAUUUACGGUGGUGACAAGGAAUUUGCCAUCGGCGAAUGCGAAAUAUUUCAAAUUAGUGAAUUCUAA